ACACUGUAUAACGCACACCAUGAGCACACAUGCUUUAGUGUGGACCACGGUUAUCUACUCAGGUUAGGAAUCGGCGUAUGCUUAUUCAUUGCGAGCCACGGCCCCGUGGCGUGACUGCGAGUUAACAGCGCUAGUAGUCGUGGUACCAUCAAUAUUCAGUAAUCCGUAUUUACAUUGUUCGUUAGCGUGCGUAUAUCCAAAAUUAAAAAACGUUUUGUUCGCGAUUUACUAUUUUUCUGUGAAACUGUGAAAGACGUAAUCCAAAAUUUAAUAGUGUAAAACUAUAUAAAAGUAGGUAUUGUUACAAACUAACUGUUUUAAAUAAAAAAUACUGAAUAGUUAUAACUUAUAAGGCAUGGGCCGGUGCUGUGUAGUUGGGUGCACGUCGGGGUAUAAAAGUAAUCCAGAAAAGGUGUCAAGAUUUGCUGCACCUCGUGAUCCAGAGUUAAGAAAAAAAUGGUCAAAUGCUAUACCAAGAUUAAAUUAUACUGUUAAUGACAGGUCAUAUGUGUGUGAAAAACAUUUUGCUCCAGAAGAAAUUAUUAGAUAUUGGGAAUCAGGUACUGAAUCAACAUUACUUGUCAAGGUUCCAUACAAGAUUCCUAAACUACAACAAAAUGCUGUUUCAUCAAUUUUCCCUGGACCUGCAUACCUCACCAAAAACAUUAAAAAACGGAAACCACCAACUGAGCGACAAAAUGUAAUACAUAAUAAGAAAAGUAAAGAUGAUGAUAUUGGUAAUAUUAACAGAAUUGACGACCCUGUCAUUAAUACAAAUUUAUAUAAUUUAAUAAAAUGUUCAGCUUCCGAGGGAACAUUAAAGUUAUACUGUUCUUGGACUGAUGCCACUAUACAAAAGUUGAAUAGUACAGUUUCAAUUUAUAGUUUUGUAUCUUUCUGCCACACUGAUACAAUACCUAUCAUUGAGAAGUCUGUUACUGUCUCAACCAAUGGUGAUAUUACUUUUGGAGUACUGGGUAAAAAAAUUGAAGCAGAACAACUCAAUAUUAUCCCAGCUAAAAAUCUAGAAGAUUUUGCUAAUAAUUUAAAACAAUUUGAAAAAAUGUAUGUUUGUCAUGGAGGACCACUAGUAAAUCGGUUUUCAAGAGUAACUACUACAACAUGUGUUGCUAAUUCUGUUGGAAGGUUACAGCAUAUUAAUUGUUGUCUUGUUAUGAAGGAAAAAGCAACAUGUUGUGUCAGAUGUCGACGACUUGUAAAUGUAUUGACAAUGCGUGAGAUAAGAAAAAAUGCUGGUGCUCAAGAGCACUUACUCUUAUCACCUUCCAAACGAAAACUAUUUAAUAAAAUACAAAAUGAAAAGAAAUGUCUUAAGAAGAAAGUUGUACGUGCUAAAGAAAAAAUCAAUGAACUUAAUUCAGAACUAAGUAAAGUUAAAAAAAAUAUGGCAACAUUUUGUGACAAAAAGAUUGAAGAACAAUUAAAUAAUAUGAGUGGUAUUAAUGAGUCACAAAAAACAUUAAUUAAAGAAUGUUUUGCAGCCAGCAAAACUAAAAAUACCAAGAGUCGGAGAUAUAGUGAAAAUUGGCUAAUGCUUUGUCUAUUAUUUAAUAUUAGAUCACCCGGGGCUUAUAAAUAUUUACGCGAUA